CUGCAUCGUGAAUAUAAAUAUGUGUUCGCUUGGUCAUACAAAGAAAUGCCUGGGUUAGAUCCGAAAGUGGCAGUGCACAAUUUGUCCGUGAGAACGGGGGCACGACCUGUUAAGCAAGCUCAACGACGCUUCCGGCCCGAUUUGGUUCCAUUGAUUGAAGUUGAAGUAAACAAGCUCAUCGAGGUCGGGUUCAUUCGAGAAGUCAAGUAUCCUACAUGGAUCUCAAGCAUUGUUCCUGUGAGAAAGAAGAAUGGUCAAGUUAGAGUUUGCGUCGACUUUCGAGAUUUAAAUGAAGCAUGCCCAAAAGACGAUUUUCCAUUGCCCAUUACUGAACUCAUGAUUGAUGCAACUAUGGGCCACGAGGCGUUGUCUUUCAUGGAUGGGUCGUCCGGGUACAACCAAAUACGCAUGUCACCUAGAGACGAGGAAUUGACCGCAUUUCGUACGCCAAAAGGGAUAUACUGUUACAAGGUGAUGCCAUUUGGUUUGAAAAACGCUGGGGCCACAUAUCAACGGGCUAUGCAAAGGAUUUUUGAUGAUAUGCUUCACAAAAGCAUGUUUGUUAUUGUCUUUAUUGACGAUAUUCUUAUCUACUCGAAGAGCCAGAAGGAGCACGAGGAGCAUUUGAGGGUGGUUCUUGAAACCCUCAGACAAGAAAAGUUGUUUGCGAAAUUCUCCAAAUGCGAGUUCUGGCUCCAGCGAGUAUUCUUUCUGGGUCAUGUGAUUACUCAGGCAGGUAUCGAGGUGGAUCCUUCCAAGGUCUCAGCUAUUCAGAACUGGUCGACACCGAGGAGUCCGUCCGAGGUUCGCAGUUUUCUCAGUCUAGCUGGAUACUAUCGUAGGUUCAUCGAGGGCUUUUCCAAGUUCGCCCUCCCUCUAUCCCAGUUGACGAGGAAGUCUGUGAAGUUCGAGUGGACUGACCGAUGUGAGUCGAGCUUUCAGGAGCUCAAGAGGAGAUUAAUUGCAGCACCGGUGUUGACUAUUCCCGAUCCUUCUCGGAGUUUCACUAUCUUCAGCGAUGCUUCGAGACAGGGUUUGGGAUGUGUCCUUAUGCAGGACGGCCAGGUCGUCGCGUAUGCUUCGCGUCAGCUUAAGCCUCAUGAGCAGAACUAUCCGACGCACGACUUGGAGUUAGCAGCAGUCGUUCAUGCUCUUAAGAUUUGGCGACACUAUCUUUACGGCGGUCAUUGUGAGAUUUUCACAGAUCACAAGAGCUUGCAGUAUAUCUUUACUCAGAAGGAGCUCAACAUGAGACAGCGCCGUUGGUUAGAACUCGUCAAGGAUUACGACUGCUCUAUUCAGUAUCGUCUGGGGAAGGCGAACGUCGUUGCUGACGUCCUUAGCCGAAAGGUGAGGGGUGACUUGACGUACGUCAUCACUCAGCAGAAUCCGUUGAUUCAGGAGUUUGCCCGAAUGCAGCUUCAGGCGAUAGAUGCACUUCCCAUAGCAGUUUCGGGGAGUACUAGUGCCAGUGUCAGUGCUAUGCAGCUUCAGCCGACGCUGAGAGAGAGAAUCCGGCGAGAGCAGGCUUCUGACGAGUUUGUUCGUGUCAUGGAGGCCAAGGUUCGAGCCGGAGGCGUCGAGG